AUGACUGUGACGUCACUGCGGGUGGUUUUUUCGAUGGUGUUCCUGAUGCUGCAGCAAUGCACAGACGCCAGCCGGGUGCAGGCAGCUGUUAGUUUCCUAGCAAACGCGUCGUAUCAAGAAAUGGAGAUAAAGUCCGAGUCUAGCCUCUCGCUUCGGGACAUUCUGCCGGUGAAAGCAAAGUACUACGACAAGAACAGGGCCCCGAAGCUUCUUGGACAGCCGACCGUGGUCUACUUCCACGUGACUGUACUGUCUUUGGAUUCGAUCAACGAGGAGAGUAUGACGUACGUGGCAGAUAUAUUUCUCGCGCAAUCGUGGCGCGACCCUCGGCUUCGUCUGCCCGAAAACAUGCACGAGGAGUACCGGAUCCUCGACGUGGCUUGGCUGAACAACAUAUGGAGGCCGGACUGCUUCUUCAAGAACGCUAAGAAAGUGACCUUCCACGAGAUGAGCAUCCCCAAUCAUUACCUGUGGCUGUACCACGAUAAGACGUUGCUGUACAUGUCCAAGCUGACCCUCGUACUUUCGUGUGCGAUGAAGUUCGAGUCUUAUCCCCACGACACCCAGAGCUGCUCCAUGAUGAUCGAGAGCUUGUCCCACACGGUGCACGAUCUUGUGUUCAUAUGGAACCUCACCGACCCGUUAGUGGUCAACCCGGACAUCGAACUGCCGCAACUCGACAUUUCAAACAACUAUACUAGUGACUGCACUAUCGAAUAUUCCACAGGUAACUUCACGUGCCUGGCCGUUGUAUUCAACUUGAGACGUCGGCUCGGCUACCACCUUUUCCACACGUACAUACCGUCGGCGCUCAUCGUCGUGAUGUCUUGGAUCUCGUUCUGGAUAAAGCCCGAAGCGAUCCCUGCGCGGGUGACGCUGGGGGUCACCUCGUUGCUGACCUUGGCGACGCAAAACACCCAGUCGCAGCAAAGCUUGCCGCCAGUCUCUUACGUGAAGGCGAUAGACGUUUGGAUGUCUUCUUGCUCUGUCUUCGUCUUCUUGUCGCUCUUCGAAUUUGCGGUGGUGAACAACUAUAUGGGCCCCGUCGCCACCAAAGCAAUGAAGGGCUACUCCGAUGAGGACUUAUCGAGGGACCUAGACGCCUUCAAGCACAUAUUCCCGAAUUCGGUGGAUCCGAGGGCAAGUACGUCCGCUUCGCUUCCGCAAUACGAGACUUUCUGCAACGGGAGAGAGACCGCUGUAUACAUCGAUCGCUUCUCCCGUUUCUUCUUUCCGUUCUCCUUCUUCAUUCUGAACGUAGUGUACUGGUCCACGUUCCUG